AUGUCUACAUCCACUAGUAACAAUAGUGGUGUCAAUGGUUUGAAAUUUCAUUUGUUGGUGAAUUUUUUCCUUCUUUUACAGCUUGUUUGUGGUGCAAAUAUUAAUCAAAUCCAAUCUAGUGAUGAUAAUAUUGAAUGGUCAAGCGUUCAAAAAGAUGAUAUGUUCCACUUUCUAGACAAUAACACAUUGAUUGAGGUCAUUGAGGUUAAUGAUCAGAAUCAAGAUAAUUCUGGGAAAUUACUUUCCAGGAGAAUCAACUGCCCAAGCAUUGCAAUUAAUUACAAACAAUACCAAUUGGUGCAACAUGGGACUUGGUGGUCUUCUUGGGAAAGAUUUGCUUAUAGAAAAUGUGCACAGCUGAGCCCUUUCUCCAAUAAAGUGGAUUGGACUAUUGGAUACGAUUUUGCAACCGACGCUGGAAUUUCAUUCAGCAAAGUAGCUCAGUUAUUGUCAGGUGCUGGUGUUUCCAUCGUGAAGAAAAUUUCAACAGAUAUCCAACUUAGUUGUAAUUGUCAAGGAACGGAACCCGUUUGUAUGUGGGAGCAAAGUAGAUUAACUUGGAGUGAUACUCAAGUCCAAACAUGUACUAGAUAUUCGAAUUGUGAGGGUGGUUAUGUGGAAUGCCAACCUUGGCUGAAGUACCAAAGAACGAAUGCUCCUCUUAAAAAUGACAUUACAAGCUUCAAUUUCGGUUGUAGUGUAGGUAGUGCCUGUUGA